AACAAUCACGAGGUUUUGACAUCAUUUUACCUUAAAUACUAACACAAGGUCGCGAGCCGGCCAGUCUGGUAUGCGGGCUGGCCAGGUAUAUACAACAAACGUCCGAAAGGUGUGCACAUGUGAAUGAAACAACUCUCUCGUCUCAACAGACAACAAGUUCAAGCCAGAACAUUAUGAAGACGACCAAGGAGACGUUUAAGUGGUUCUACAGAUGUCUGAGUUUGGACGUGCGGACGAUGACCCCGGACGAGGACUGGCAGUGGACGGAGGAGCCCCACACCGCGAGACGACAGGCCAUCCUGAAGAAGCACCCGGAGAUCAAGAAACUGAUGGGUCCGGACUCGUUCAUCGUGUACAUCGUCGUGUUCGAAGUCCUCCUGCAGUUCAUCCUCGCCUGGCUGGUGCGCGAUGCUUCCUGGACCACCAUUCUUGCUCUGGCCUACUGCGCGGGCGCCGUGCUCAACCACUCUCUUGGCAGUGCCAUCCACGAGAUCGGACACAAUCUGGCGUUCGGACACAGCCACCCCAUCGCCAAUCGUGUGCUCAGUAUCUGGUGCAACCUGCCGUUAGCAGCGCCCAUAGCCAUCUCGUACAGGAUCUUCCACUCCGCCCAUCAUCGCUAUCUGGGCGAGGAAUACGCAGACGUGGACAUUCCCACUCGGCUCGAGUGCUACCUCUUUAGGCGGCCAGUAACAAAGAUGUUGUGGCUUUUCUUCCACCCGAUUAUCCACGGAAUACGACCUUUCUACAAGAGCCCAAGACCUGUUACCGGGUGGGAGAUAAUCAAUUUUGCUGCCCAGGUUGUCGCUGACAUUUUAGUGGUGAAGCUUCUCGGCUUCAGGUCUCUUAUUUAUCUCUUUUCUGGAAUGUAUAUAGGUCUGGGCUUCCAUCCUUUAGCGGCCCACUUCAUAUCAGAACACUAUCUGUUCAACGGCGGACAAGCUACGCACUCGUACUACGGUCCUCUGAAUCCAAUCCUUUUCAAUGUAGGAUAUCACAUUGAGCACCACGACUUCCCGUACAUUUCGUACAACAAACUACCGCAGCUGAAGAAGAUAGCUCCAGAAUUCUACCAACAGCCAUAUCACACGUCAUGGAUCAAGGUCCUUUGGGAUUUUAUCUUUGAUGAGAAUAUGGGACCUCAUGCUCGAGGGGUAGGCUACCUAAAGGACGGUGUAGAGGAAAAGUUGAAGUCUUCGUAAGACAAAACAAUUAACUGUCAUUUAUCGCCAAUUAUUUAUUUCAACUUAUAUUAUAUGAGUGACGUGUACAUUAAUGGGUAGCAAAGUGUAACAUAAAUUUUAAAAAAGUGUACGUUUGUUGUAAUGUUAACAUUGUAUAUAUCCAUUCACCUGCAAUAAUAAUUAAUAUAUA